CCCGCCGUUAGUAGGCUCCAGGCCUCAAUGAGAAGCCCAAACAUGGAGACAUUCAAGCAGCAGAAGGUGGAGGACUUUUAUGACAUCGGGGAGGAGCUGGGGAGCGGCCAGUUCGCCAUCGUAAAAAAGUGCCGGGAGAAGAGCACUGGACUCGAGUACGCAGCCAAGUUCAUCAAGAAGCGGCAGAGUCGGGCCAGCAGGCGGGGCGUGCGUCGGGAGGAGAUCGAGCGGGAGGUGAGCAUCCUGCGGCAGGUGCUGCACCCCAACAUCAUCACGCUGCACGACGUCUAUGAGAACCGUACCGACGUGGUGCUCAUCCUUGAGCUAGUGUCUGGAGGAGAGCUGUUCGACUUCCUGGCCCAGAAGGAGUCACUGAGUGAGGAGGAGGCCACCAGCUUCAUUAAGCAGAUCCUGGAUGGAGUGAAUUACCUUCACACCAAGAAGAUUGCUCACUUUGAUCUCAAGCCAGAAAAUAUUAUGUUGUUAGACAAGAAUAUUCCCAUUCCACACAUCAAGCUGAUUGACUUUGGCCUGGCUCAUGAAAUAGAAGAUGGAGUUGAGUUUAAGAACAUUUUUGGGACGCCGGAAUUUGUUGCUCCAGAAAUUGUGAACUAUGAGCCCCUGGGGCUGGAGGCCGACAUGUGGAGCAUAGGCGUCAUCACCUACAUCCUCUUAAGUGGAGCAUCCCCUUUCUUGGGAGACACGAAGCAGGAAACGCUGGCAAAUAUCACCGCAGUGAGUUACGACUUUGAUGAGGAAUUCUUCAGCCAGACUAGUGAGCUGGCCAAGGACUUCAUUCGGAAGCUUCUGGUUAAAGAGACUCGGAAACGACUCACAAUCCAAGAGGCUCUCAGGCACCCCUGGAUCACGCCUGUGGACAACCAGCAAGCCAUGGUGCGCAGGGAAUCCGUGGUUAACCUGGAGAACUUCAAGAAACAGUACGUCCGCAGGCGAUGGAAGCUAUCCUUCAGCAUCGUCUCCCUGUGUAACCACCUAACCCGAUCCCUGAUGAAGAAGGUGCACCUGAGGACACAUGAGGACUUGAGGAAUUGCGAGAGUGAUACCGAGGAGGACAUUGCCAAGAGGAAAGCCCUCCAUCCCCGCAGGAGGAGUAGUACGUCCUAACUGGCCCAGUUGCAGUGGCCACCUGGGAGGCCCAGGCCCAGAAGGACUCCCAUCUGCACAGACUCUUGGACCCAGACUGUCACCAGUAUCCAGAUGUUCUGCAUUCUUGAGCACUUUGCAAGAGAGAAGAGCCUUCAGCAUUCAGAAGAAUUUGCAGGGGAGCCAGGAAACCCUGGGAGCUGUCACUGUCCCCUGUAGGGGGGCUCCAGCAUUCUGGAGACUCUUAAUUCACCAUAAAACAGGCUUUCACCUGUCUGCCAACCUCAGAACCUGGGGUGGGCGUAUGGACUUAAGAAAACUAUAUAAA